AUGUUUUACCAGGGGAGCCUGCAAGAGGGCAUUUCCACAGCGGUGGGCCAGCAGAAGCUGGUGCUUUGCUUCGUGACGAAUGAAAACGAGGAGAGCCAAACAUGGGAGCAUGAAUACCUUCAAGACAGCUCUUUGUCGAAGCUGAUCGAGACGCAAGCGGUCGCACUGCGGCUCAUCGCAGACUCGGAAGAGGCCGGCUACCUGUCGCAAAUCUUCCCGCUGCCUAAGACGCCGACUGUCGUCAUCAUGAAGCACGGCGAGCUGAAGGAGUACAUUUCCGCGGGCACCAGCAAGGACGAUUUCCUCCGCCGCAUCCUCGUCGCCUUCAAUGCCGCUCCGCCCGCAGUUUCAGCCGCAGCCGCGUCGUCGUCGUCGCUGCCGUCGCCAACACAGGCACAACCACAGAUACAAGCACCGCCCGCGAGCGUACAAGCCGCCGCACAGUCCGAGAUAGUCAAUCGGAUCCUCGCCGAGAGAGCAGCCAAGCUCAAGGCGCAAAAGGAAGAAGCCGAGCGAAGAGCUAAAGAGGAGCGGGCCAAGGCGCAGGAAAAGGCCAAAGCCGAGGCACAAGCAGGGGCGAAUACAGAUGGCGCCAAAGUACACCAGCAGGCAGAGGAGCUCAAGAAGAAGCGAAUGGCGGAACAAGAGGAGCGUCGGAGGAUCCUGAAACGGAUAGAGGAUGAUAAAGAGGAGAGGCGGAUGCGGGCGUCGGCAAAGGAGCAGCAGAAGAUUGAGAGCCAAAAGGCAGACGACGCUGCUGCCUCGGCCAAUGCGAAGCUGAGCAAGCUGCCCUCGACCACCAGGGUAUCCGAAAUGGCUUCGAUACAAGUCCGGCUCUUUGACGGCUCAACCAUACGCUCACGAUUCAAGACGGCGUCUUCUCUAAAGGAGGUCAGGCGCUGGGUCGACGAGAACAGAGGCGAGGGCAACGCUCCCUACACAUUCAAGCAGGUCUUGACACCGCUGCCCAACAAGAACAUUGACGCGACGGAAGAAGGCAAGACCCUCGGCGAGCUGGGCUUGGUUCCGUCGUCAACACUGGUGCUUAUUCCCGUCCAAAAGUACUCCUCGGCUUACAGCGCGGCGGAGCAACAGCCAAAAUCUUUCUUCUCCAAGUUUCUCGCCAUGAUCCUGGGCUUCUUCACAUGGCUUCUGAGCUUGGUUGGCCUAGGCGGCGGUGGACAGAGGGAAGCCGCCGCGGGAGACAGGGGGCAAGAGAGAGAGGGUACGUCGGAUGCGACGGCGAGGACAGCUUCUGAGGAGAGAAAUCGCCGUGUCAGAGGGCUGCAGAACUUGCAGCGCGAUCACCAGCUUUACAAUGGCAACUCGCUGAAUUUUGAGCCCCGGCCUGACGACGAUGAAACAUGAAGGCAGAGGCAGUGUAUUAUAAUAAUUCCACAGCAUUGGGUUUUUCUCCGCCUCACAGCGUCUUCUUUCUUACUUUCUACUUUUUUUUUCUCUUUUACUUUGGGGGGUUUCCUUUGAUUUUUUCUUUUUCUUCUUUAUUUCUUUCAGUUGGUUAUUUGUACAAGUACAGGAUUUAAGAGCAGAGUGCACCCAUCUAUAGGGAUUUUCCUUUAAUAAACCCAGCGAGUCCUCUUUAUGCG